ACCCAUAAAUAACUUUUAGUGACUCUGCAAUAAUACUUAACAUCAUAUUUGUUGUUGAAAACCCACGUGGUUUGCCAGUGAAGCUAUGGCACACAGUGUGUGCCCAAGUGUCUGACCUCAACUGUAAGUGCACGUUUUCCUGCGGUCAGUGAAGGCAGCACAGUUCAGGGGCGGGUAAUCCUUGCAGUAUGGCGGACGAUGGAGACAGUUGGAGCGGAGCAGUUGACAGCAGCAAUAUCGGCGGCCAGGAGGCAACGGCAGCGGGGUCGAACGGGUUCGGCCUAGGCGCCAUGUUGCUAAAUAUCAGUAUCGUGGUAGUGGCGCUGGUGGUGUGCGUGGUGCUGUACCGGCGGUGGGGUAGGAAACUCGUUUCUUACGCGGCCCAAGGCGACGCGGCCUCGGCGCUUCCCAAGAUGCGGAGACGGGACUUUACCCUGGAGCAGUUGCGGGAGUUCGACGGGCUCCAGAACCCGCGCAUCCUGAUGGCCGUAAACAUGAAAGUGUUCGACGUAACCAGUGGGAAGAACUUUUACGGAAAAGAUGGUCCUUAUGGCAUUUUUGCAGGACGAGACGCAUCAAGAGGCCUGGCCACUUUCUGCCUGGAGAAAGAUGCCUUGAGGGACGAGUAUGACGACCUUUCGGACCUCACUGCUGUGCAGAUGGAGAGUGUCAGGGAGUGGGAGAUGCAGUUCAUGGAAAAAUACGAUUAUGUUGGCCGGUUGCUGAAGCCUGGAGACGAGCCAUCAGAAUACACUGAUGAGGAGGACAUAAAGGACCACCUGAAACAUGACUGAGCGGUUCCAUUGACUCAACCAAAGCCAAGAGCCCCUGAAACAGCUGCGACAGGACGCCCCUAUCCCCCAGAGCUGCCCCAUCCUGUACCUGCUAUCAACAGCCCCCCAUCAAACCGCUCCUGAAUCUGUCCAGAACUUUGGGCGGUGGUCAAACAGAAAAAGACGAGAUCCUCAAAAUCCUCCCUCAUUAUCAACUGACAAACAGCAAAUAAAACCCUUCAAAGAGGCAGCAAACAGAUGUCAGGGACGGGGCAGUGAGCUCACCACAGGAAACCAACCUAAGCGGAACCAGAAAUAUAUUUUCAGGGAGGCAGAGGUUUAAAAGCUGCUGGCAGAAUUUAGUCAGAAACAGGCUGGUCUCAGGCCAGAUUUCUCUCUUUAUCUGUGGCUUAGUCACUUCACAUCAGGAGCCGCUUCAGCUUCAGACAGCGUAUCUAUCUAUCUAUCAUUCAGUCGGUCACUCAGUCAUUUGUGUGUUGUGUUUAAAGCAGAGAGGGCAGCAAUGUUGCGGUCUUACCAAAGGUAACAGGCAGGUGUUGCAUUUUCCUGUUGUGUUUUUGUAGUGUAUGCACUACUAGUUUUCUUUGUUUGUCACCAUGUGAUUUAAUUGAAUAGCAUAUAGGGAGAGAUGCUGGGAGGGGGUUGUUUUUGUUGUUUUUUGAGCAGGAUUGGAAGGGGCAGGGGGACAAAGAUCCUGCCACACAAACUUGUUUUUUCAAUCACAUCACACAGAUUGAUGGGGAAACAAAGGGAAGGUCAUGAAAGUCCUAAAAAGAAAUCAAUCGACUCAAUUGUUUACAUGCCUCAGAUGCUAGCUGCAAGUCUGUAGAUUCCCCUGAGAAAUGGUCCAAGUAUUAAUCGUGCCUUAUUUCGUUUGUCGUGUCCAGUCAUGAUGAGUGUGACGGAAAAUAAAUCGAAAAGGGGCAGAGGUGUCGCUCGGUUUUCCCUGUAGGCUUAGAGGAGAUGUUAAUGUUUAUGUUGGGGGGGCGGGCUGUCACUUUUUAGCCAAAUAAAUUAAUGUUAUGAUCAUAUUUGCCUCUGACUAUCUGAAGUAGUGACCUUGGGAUCCAGCAGGAGGUGCUCUUACCAUUGAGGUAAACCUUUACAGAUAUAUUGGACCAGUUUUAUUUACAUUUCUGUAGCUAAAUGAUAGUAAUUGUCACCUGGAAUAAGUAGUUUUGGUGUAGUAUCAUUGUUGGCCACUGGAGGUCGCGUCACAAACUCACUUCCAUAUAUCCUUUCAACCAUUCUGAAAAAUGACACUUUUAUAAAGUGUUGCUAAAAGACAAACCUUUACAUUAGAUUUGCCAUACAUAUAGUUUUAGAUGCAUAACUGACAGUGGCCUGCAGGGGCAGGUGCCACAUUAUCACCAAUGGUAUCCACCGUCCGUUUCUGCAGUUAAUUUUUUGUGUUAUUCACCAAAUCUUCUGGUUGUUGACAUUGUGAUAGAAUCAGGUGUGAACAAAAGUUUGUCUUUUGGAGUGUAAGGACUUGUGUGUUUAGCUCCAACUAGCUUGUGUCACAAAAAGGUUACGUAGUGGUUAUCUUCUGCCAUGAACCCAUCACGCGCUGCAUCUCAAUGCUCCUCCGUCCUUGACUGUAUCAGGUCUUAACACUGAAGACGGGCUAUACCGUUAGAGCUCAGAUUACAUGAAUACAGCACGAUGUUCCUUGUUGUGGAGGCAGUGUCCACAUCAAUAAUGUCAGUUAAAGAAAGGUAGAUGAGUGGGGCGCUAAAUCUGUCACAUGAUUGAUCAGAGGCUUUUUGUGAUAGCAGCUCUUUAUGUGUUCUUAUGUGUGGCUUUUUGUCAAAAAACCUUUGCACAUCAUUUGGCCGAGAGUUAUCAGAACUAUCCAGCAGAGGGCACUGUACACACCGCUUAAACCUAGCUCCUCUCUUCGUCUGACAGUAAAUAUUCAGUGACGCUACCGUGUUGUUGUUGUCAGGAUAAAAGUAAAAUGAGCAGACAGAAGUGUCUGAGGAGCAGCAUAUUUUCGAGUAAUACAGAACCGGGGAGUUUCACUACUUUGGUCAUUUGAGGUAAAAACAAAACAUAACAGCUGGUGUUUGUGUGACCUUUUGUGAUCUAUUUGGUAAAAGUGACAGUCCUUUGUUGAUUCCGUUGACCUUUUAAGAGAAAUGGGCAUCCUGAAAAAUGUGUGAGAUUCUUGACUGACUUUGGUUUAAAACUGUGUCUCAACACUUCUCAAGUGUUGAGAUCAUUGUCGGCUCUGUCCGUUUCAUUUACAAGGUCAAUGGAUCAUUGGUCCUCACACAGAGUGUGAUUUUUCUGCUCCUGCUCUUUGUAAAUAGUUGUUCUAAAUCCUUCAGUGUUACUGCCAUACUUCUGUAGAUGAUGAACUCCAUAUACGUGUUCAGUGCUAUGUCGUAUCGGCCAAACCCGCCAAGGUUUAGGUUUUUGUUUCUUUCUUGUUUUCUGAACCUUCUGGUUAAAUUUAAAAAAAUGUAAAAGUAAUAAAACAAUUUAAAAAAAAGAUAGGAGAGUUGCUAAGUGCUGCAGGGCCAGACCGGGAGCUUAUGUUGUUUUUUUGUUUUGUUUUGUUUUGUUUUUUUCAAGCCAUUGCUUUUCCUGUAAAUAUAGCUAUCCUUUUAUUAAAGGCAUGUGCAACAACAACGUGAGCUAUGCUGGAAUUCCCACCACGUCAUGUAUUUAAAUGUCAGGCUGUGUGAGAAAGUGUGUGUGUGUGUAUGUGUGGGUCUGUGUGACAGAAGGGGUUUGUUCAAAUGGAAUAAACUGAUUUGAUUCAUAAA